AUGUUCAAAUUGUUUGUCCUUGCUGCCUUCUUUGCUAUUGCUGCUGCCCGUCCCGGCUACUUGGGUGGUUCUCAUGUUGCCUAUAGCGCACCUUUGACAACCACUAUUGUCCAACCAUCGUUGGCCCAUGUUGGCACCGUUGUGAAGAGCAUUCCCACCGCUGUAUCCCAUCAAUCCAUCACUCAAGUUCACUCCGGCGGUCAUUAUGUACAACCUAUUGUUACUCCUGUCGUGAAAACCUACACUGCUCCUGUCUACAAAACUGCUGCCACUCCUUUGGUUCACUCAUAUGGUGCUACUCCCUUAGUCUCAUCUGCCUACACUAGCUAUGGUGCUGCUCCUGUAUUGAAAACUUAUGGUGCUUAUGCUCCAUCUUAUGUUGGUGCCUACGGUGGUAACUACGGUUGGUAA